GCUUGAACCACCAGUCUUGACAAUAACCCCGUAUCGUGCGCGUGUCAAACGUCCCAUUUCACGUUCCGUUUUAAAAAAAAUACAUAAACAAAGAUGUAUUGCGAUUGGCCGACGUUAGGCAGGUGUUGCUUCUGCAUGCCCUUAAGAAGAGGUGUGAUCACUUUCGGAUAUAUUAACUUAAUUUUCAGUGCAUUCAUGGUGGGGAUCUACAGUUACUCCGUCCACGCAGACUUCGGUUUAUUUGCGAUCUACCACGGGACCAGUGUUGGUGUGUCAAUACCUGAAGAAGUUUGUGUCUUUAUCUACUGCGUGGAAGUUGUGUUCUCUGCCGUCCUGCUGUAUGGAGCUCAUAAGAAACUAAUCCUAUACAUAAAAACGUACUACUACUUCGCUGUGACCACGACGGUAGCGUCUGUGCUCAUCCAGAUAUUGGACUUCGCAGUGUCUGUGUCCAGUAGGAUGGGUUUCUACAUGGUCUUCGAAGUACUGCCUCUCAUGUUCGCUGCUUUAGCCAUCCAAAUCUACCUCAUAAUCUUAAUAAGGAGUUUGCUGAAGAAGAUGGAAGAGUCAGGACCUCAUGGCUACGAGAACCAGCUACAGCAGAUUGUGUACGAAGGCAAGGUGGAAACCAAUGGGGUUUACGACCCCACUGUGGUACCAGUAGAUAUUUAAAAAUAAAGUCAUAGAUUAAAAUAUUAGGGGGUUUUGUGAAACAUUGCUGGGACAUUGUGUAAUGGCGCCAGAGAUUUUGACAUUUACUGGGCCUAAUACUAUAGGGAUCUAAGUUACAUCCAUUCAUCCAUCACAGCCCCUAGGUUGUCCGUCUUCGGACGUAGGCCUCCUCCAAAUCUUCCAAUUUCUGCCUACUUCUUGUACUUCUUUCUAAAUUACAUAGUUCAUCCUUAUUGUACCUACUUUUGCAAAAUACACUAAUUACUUCUUCGAACUUCCCUCUGCCAUUCUCCAAGCAAUGUUUCAUACGAUCUCCCCAAAAAGACCAAAGUCCCGAGUACAAGGUACUAUUUAUACUCUCAAAUCUCGUCCUAGCUGUAGUUAAUUUACGUAAUUUAAUUUGUAAAUAUUUUGUAUAUAGAUUAAGGUAAAUUAUAUAAAAAAAUGUGAUAUACUUACAAUAAAUAAUUAUAUUUUUACUA